UAAAACUUUAAACCGAUCAGCUGACAAUAAAUUAUUUUUCUCAAAAUGCUAAUACCAAGGGCCUUACAAUUAUUUAAAUCUAACAAAAGUUAUUACUUUAUAGGAAGCAUUAUGCAAUAUCAUGAUAUAAUAUAUGAGAAAAAGGGCCCAAAUUCAAAUAUUGCUCUAAUCACUUUAAAUAGGCCAAAAGCAUUAAAUUCCUUAUGUGACUCUCUUAUUGUUGAAUUGAUGGAUGCUUGCAAAUCUAUAGAUAAAGAUCCAAACAUUGGGGCUAUCGUUUUAACUGGGAGUACUAAAGCAUUUGCAGCUGGAGCCGAUAUAAAGGAAAUGAACCAAAAGUCGUUCACCGAUUGCACCAAAGAAAGAUUCAUAGAGCGAUGGGACAUAAUCACCGACAUAAGGAAACCAAUUAUAGCAGCUGUGAAUGGAUUUGCGUUGGGCGGAGGUUGUGAAUUAGCCAUGAUGUGUGACAUAAUAUACGCCGGUGAAAAUGCCAAAUUCGGGCAACCUGAAAUUAAACUGGGCACUACACCGGGCGCCGGUGGUUCUCAGAGGUUAGUGAGGAGUGUUGGAAAGUCGGUAGCAAUGGAAAUGGUUCUUUCCGGCGAGCCAAUUAAUGCCCAACAAGCCAAAGAAAUCGGCCUGGUGAGUAAAAUAUUUCCCGUCGAUAAAUUGGUAGAGGAAACGCUCAAACUCGCUCAAAAAAUUGCUGGCUUCUCGCCUCUGAUAGUUGCUAUGGCCAAGGAAGCUGUUAAUGCCGCUUACGAAUUGAGUCUGAAAGAGGGCAUGAGAUUCGAAAGGAAAGGAUUUUACGCGACAUUCGCUACGAGUGAUAGGAAGGAGGGCAUGCAAGCAUUCUUGGAUAAAAGGGAACCUCGUUUCACAAAUUCCUAAAAAAAAAGAAGCAAAACCAGGAAUAACAUUUUUUACCUUAAUUUUUUUUUGUUUAGCUCAAUUUCUUAUCUUUGUACCAUGAUAUUUUUUUAAUAUUCUGCAGUAAUUUUGCGUUAGUAAAUUUUUUUAAUAUACGCACAUUUUAUUUUUAAAAGUAUUAUAAAUUUAAGUUUGAUAUAAUACUAUA